AUGGUCGCCGAAGACUCUGCCUCUUCACCGCUCAUGCCUCCUUCUCUGAUCGUUGAGCCCCCGGAGAUUGACGUGGAGUCGGGGCCGGACGAGCAAAUUCAGUGCCGCUUCUGCUUUGAAACUAAAGGUAGGGAUUUUAUUGCCCCUUGCAAGUGCAAAGGCACAUCCAAAUAUGUUCACAGGAAAUGUUUGGAUAAUUGGCGUGCUGUGAAGGAAGGGUUUGCAUUUGCUCAUUGCACAACUUGUAUGGCUCCUUACUAUUUAAGAGUCCAUACUGCUCAUCCAAAAUGUCGAAUUUUGAAGUUCCAAUUUUUUGUGACCAGAGAUAUUCUAUUUAUCUUGCUUGCUAUGCAGUUGGUUAUUGCUUCAUUGGCGUAUUUGGUGUAUCUUAUUGAUGGUCAUGAGAACUUUUGGCUUCGUCUCACCUGGGGUUUUGGAAGCAAACUUGCUUUCUACUACAUAUGUGGGGCACUGUUGUUUUUUGCUUUGCUGGGCUUAUCUGGCUGCUUCAUAAUGUGUAAUCAUGCAAGUGUGUUCGACAAUCUAGAUCAACAAUGUCAAGAAUCGUGUAUUUGUUGUUGUGACCACAGCUUCGUUCAUUUGUUGUGUGGUGAUUGCCGUAUGUGCGACGCCCCACUUUUCUCGAAUGAUUGUACCAGAUGCAUCGAUGCUUGUUCUAAUACAACUGGUGAAUGUUGUUGCCCGCGAGGUGAUGGUGAAUCUGGGUUGCCAUUUUUAAUUACGGCGGCUUUAGUUGUGCUGCUACUGUUUGUUGUAUUCGGUAUAUUCUUCAGUGUGUUGGUGGCCACAAUGGUUGGACAAAGGAUUUGGCAACGGCACUACCACAUACUUGCAAAAAGAAUGCUAACGAAAGUAUAUGUUGUGGAGCAUGUUGACGAUGCGACUGGAUCUGAUUGGCGUCCCCCGUCUCUCCCCACCGAACAUUAUGAGCAGCUCAGAACUCUUCGACUUCUAUGA